AAAUAGAAGCGACACUUUUAUUUAUUACAAGUUUGCUCGAGCUAAAAUUGAUACGUUUAUCACAGUUGAAAGCAGUUUCUAUCAUUUUAUUUCUUGUGUGAUAAUAUAUGCUAAAACAUGCAUGAUCAAUAAUAACAUUACACUAUGUACUUUUCAGUUAAGAACCACAGUGCUGUUGGAAUGCUGACAAUGGAGACCAGAACUGUAUCAGUGGGGACUUUCGUGACGUCUUGUUUUGCCACCACUAUUGGAGUCGUUGUAUCUGUCAGUUUUCUCACUUUUAAUUUGUUUCACAGAAAUAAAAGAUUUAUGAAAAUGUCGAGUCCGAAUCUCAAUAUACUGAUCAGCGUUGGUGGAAUACUGUUAAAUAUUGUCUGUUUAAUGUAUGGAAUGGACUAUUUCUUUGUAGAGCGGUAUCACGAGGCUACAGUAACAUGUCAGAUGAGACUUUGGAUGAUAGUAUUUGGUGUAUCCUUGGUGUUUGGACCAAUUUUCUCUAAAAACUGGAGAGUGUACAAGAUAUUUCGGAAUGCUGGCAUCAAGAAAGUGGUAAUAAAAGACAAGAAACUGUUUAUGAUCUGUGGUAUUGUGUUGUGUCUGGAUGCAUUCAUACUGUUCCUCUGGCAGAUCAUUGAUCUGUUCCAAUCAAAGCCUAAAUCAUAUACAAACAACACACAGAGUCUUCAUGAUCUUGGUUAUAUUCAAGAAUGCACGUGUGGAAGGGUAGACGUAUGGCUUAGCCUCAUCUUUAUCUGGAAGUCGCUUAUAUUUUCCUAUGGACUUUAUAUAGCCUGGAAAACGAGAAACGUCUUGUUGCCUCCAAUGAAAGAUUCACCAAGUAUCAUUAUCAGUGUUAUUUUCAGCAUGUCUAUUACAUCAUUAGUUGUUGUUUUGUCAUCAUUAUUACGUCACGACCCGGAUGCAGUUUAUGUUCUCCAUAUAUUAUCGAUAACCAUUUGUUGUGUGAUUAUUCAAAUAACCGUAUUUUUGCCAAAGGUUCUGUAUUGGUGGAAGACUCCAAUUGAGAAUCCCGUUCGUCUGUCAACAUCAGUUUAUGAAUAUGGAGGGCUAAACUCGGAAGAGGAAAUGUACCAACUUAUUGCAGAAAACAGAGCUCUUAAAAAGUCUUUGACUGAGAAAGCAUCUAAAUUAUCGAAUUUGGAAAUGAACUUGCAAACAGCAAAACAGACACUUAAAAGUAUGUCGGAAAAAGAUUUCAAAUUGGAUGGCGAGUUCGAUGUCGAUUUAUCCGAAUUUAAACUUGACAGUGGCCUCGAUGUCGAUUUGUCCGAGGCAACUAGCACCGAAGAUGAACUGUCUAUCCGAUAUGGUAAAACAAGAAUAAAAACUAGUAUGACAAGAUUAAUUCAAGGUACAAAUGAGGUCCCUAACGGAAAUGAGAUACCAAAGAUUGGAGAUCAUGCUACCUUACAGAGAUCAAAUUCGGAUAGCGGACGCAUGGUAGCUUACCGGAAACAGAAAUCAAGAACCAGUGUAUGUAGUUUACAGAACUAUUAUCGUUCGACAGAGUGUUAUGAUAAUCUGCAGGCAUCACUUAAGUCGAAAAAUGACAUUGUUGGAUCUGUAGCCAAAAGUUAUAAUCUUGAUGACAACGAAGAUACACUGUCGUAUGUCAGUAGUUAUCUUCCCUUGAAGAGUACCAGGAGAAAGCUUAACUACACGUUGAAAGACACAGGUGUUUACUUAUCUCCGGAAAAUACAACAACUAUAUCCAACGACCAGUUAUAUCCGUCAUUUGAUGACGAACUUAGUUUUGGAAGUACAAUAAUUGCUAAAUCAUCAAAUAUAGACCCUCGUGACAAACCUACAGUCUCUAAACCAAAACGACACAAGAAGUAUAAAACACCUAAACCGUCUUACGAAAGGACAAAACAAGGGGAUCAAAUUGUUGUCCGCAAAUGCUAUUAUUUGUAGAAUCUGACAUUAUUAUAUAUAUUAAAUUAUUUUGGAUUUCACUAAUAAAGUUGUGUCGACACCAAAAAUGAAGAUAACGUCUUCCUAGUUCUGACAUUAAUGAAUAUUUGCAACUUACUGCCAAGUACCAUGUUCUACGAGAUCCCGAGUGGAUUGUUCGAGGUAAACACGACGGAUAUUAAGCAUCUUUUCCGUCUGGUGCAGUGUAAUUUAUAUAAACAAAACAUAGUGUUAGUUUUAUAUAUAGUAUACCAGAUAAAAGGUAGAAAUUCACGAGACAGUAUACGACUUUAAAAGAACACAUUAAUUAUGGGCGGAAAUACAUAUGGAUAACCAACGGUAACCAAUCAGGUCAUUUGAAAAAGACCUUAGAACAAGAUCGAAAUCUUUCUAUAAUCAAAGUACCGUAAACAUUACAAUAAAAAACUGAACGUCUGAUUCCUGGCUUAAGUCAUAUGCACUGAAUGGUAUAACUACAGUUUGUAAUCCUGUCAUCUUGUACUCGUGAAAUGUUGGUAAACGAAUAGUAACGAAUGUUUUUAUGAAGAACUGAAUACAUUAAACACCAUUUAACACCCGGUGUUUGUGGAUUUCUGUUGCUCUGUCUUUGGUUUUCUAUGUAGUGU